UUCCGACAAAGGAAAACGAGUCUAUUACUAACUAUUUUAGUCCAAUAACGAACAUGACCAAAUUUAGGAUACUCGAGUUGGUUUAGGUAUAAAUCAAGUUACAUAAUAAGCAAAAGACCGUUGGACAAAUUUCUAAACUUGUUCAUCAAACUUAACUAACUUCUGCCAAACAGUUUUCCUUUCGAUCGAAUUAAGGAAAAAUCAACAUUGGAUUAAAAUAAAAUAAAAACUAACCCUUUUGCAACAAAUUCCAAAGCUCUGUUGCUAAAAGAAGUUUUUAACCUCGAAAAAGAAGAACGCGAGAGAGAGAAAAGAAAAAAAGAAAAAAAAGGAAAAAAAGAGGACAAUGGAUUCUGGUCUGUCUUGGGCUGAUCAAUGGGACAACAACCCGGACCCGCCGCCACCGGGAUCAUCCGACAAGGACAAUAAGAAGGGCAAGGAUGGAUCGAAGAGGAGCUUCGGGAAGGCAGUUUUGAGUUUCAAGUGGGUGGAGAAGAUCCGGAAGAAAACUCAGAAAGAAGAUGGGCAAUGAAACGAUGUGGCUUCUUCCAGUAUAUAUAAUGUCACUAACCAGUUUAAUCCCAUUUGUCUUCAUAUUUUCUGUUGAAUAAAUGGUUUAAUUAAUGAAAAUUUCAG